AUGUCUUCAACUCUGGAAUCGCUUCCCCACGAGAUAUUGCUCGCAAUCAGCACCUUUGUCAUUCAGCCUAACGGGCUCCAAGUCGGCCUACAUUUCGACCCAUUCGACGCAAAGCAUGAGGCAUACGUACUCCCAGUGUUGCAAGAUUUCACUUCGCUACAACUGACCUCUCGUGGUCUCUACGGCCCAGCGACGGAAGCCUACAGGGAACGCAACACUCUCAGCGUCAACAUUUGUGACGCCCAACGUCCCCCUAUCUUUCGGUACCCACGCCCCACUCAGAGGCCGGUCAAUCUUCCCGGACCUUCCAUCUCGGACAACGUUUUCGAAAACUUCAACAAGCUGGAACUUGUUCUCCCUUUCAACCUCUCUCGCGGCCAUAAUAUGAGUCGUGGACACAUUCGUGGACCACUCACAGACGUCCUGAUGCGCUGUUACAUGAAGUUUUCCAGACCACAGCGUGGCGGGGAAUGGACUUGCCACUUCAUCGACGUACAACGGGUGAAUGAAGAUGAGGGAUGGAACUUUACAGAGUCAUCCUUGCAAGAUGCGGCAGAGCACAUCAAGGAACACGCACCUCGACUGGCAUGUCGGGGUCUCAACAGAGAAGCUGUUGGCGGCCGGUUUCCGGACAUGCCUCCAAUCGGAGAAUCGAAACCAAUCAACUCCACCAAUUCACUCACUUCGCAGCGUCUUGUCAUGGCAAUCAUGUACGACUUCGAUAUGUUGCCAAAUCGUGGACAUCCGCACUAUGGACUUUUCCGAAUCAACCGUCCACUAGAUUCCUACAGUCGACGAGGAUGGGAAUGGCGAGUAGCCCCAGCCUGGGGAUACGACGACGACUUCAACCUGAACAACUUGCACCUAUCACGACCGGACUACUCCAACAACGACGAAGCGAUGAUGGAAAAUCCCCUGCAGUACCUUUGGCGCGUCUACCGCAUAUUCAGGUUUYUCAACCCUUUUUGGUUACUUCGGCGCCGCUUCUACAAUUUCAUCUUUUUCCAUCUACCUUUCCUCCGUUUCCUGGAGUCGAAAUGGAUUAUGGUACCACUACUAAUUGUGUUCACUGUCCGCAACUUAAUUACAAUGUGGGAGAUUCUAGCAAUCUUGAUAGCUAGAUACACAUAG